AUGGAGAAAGGAGGAAAUCGCUCUAACUCACUGUUCCAGAGAAUGAAUCAGAUCGUAACAGCUCUAGGCAUGAUUCAAAGAACACUAAGAAAAAAGAAGUUGCAAUGCCAUGAAUGCGAAGGUUUCGGGCAUUACCGCAAUGAGUGUCCUCUAGCUAAACGAAAAGAGCUGAAGUGCAUUGACUGUAAGGGUUUUGGUCACACUCGAAGUGAAUGUCCUAACAAUCUAAAAAAGGACAAGUCACUCAUGUGUUUCAGUGAUACAGACUCAGAGAGUGAUAGCGAUGGAGACGAGCUACAUAUAAACUUCAUGGCACUUGUCUGUAAGGAAGAAGAACCAAAACUAAGUUCAGCCGUGGAAGAGGAUGAAGAUGAUUUCAACCACGAUCUUGAAAUAGAAUACAAGUCUCUGUUUGACAAAUUCGCAGAACUUAGUCAUGAGAACUUGCAACUACUGAAAGAUAAGGCUAUGCUAAAAGCUCAGGUGAACAUCCUGGAAUUGGAGAAACCCUCUGAACAUGAUGCUGAAUUAUCAAUACUGAAAGACUCGGAUCAAGAGAUGAUGUCACUAAAGAGAGCAAUGACUGAACAAGAAAGGGUGCAAAAACAGUUUGAGCUGAAAAUAUCUCAUCUGAGUGAUCAACUAACCAAGGAGAUGGACAAGAGCAAACUGCUGGAAAACCAACUCGCUGAUAACCUCAAGAAAGUGAGAAUGCUCACGACCGGCACCACAACUCUAGAUCAUCUUCUCACCGUUGGCCAGUGUCCUAGUAGCAAUUGGGGAUUAGAUUUUCAAGGUUCUACAUCCAAAUCUGCUGAAGAAACCGUCUUUGUGAAAGGAGGUUUGAAAGGAAAAGAAGUCAAAAUAUUGGAUGAGAUUCAGGCUGAUAAUCUGAAAGGUCGAGAUCCGAAGAAGAAACCUACUACUCGACGAGGAAAUGGGUGUCACUUCUGCGGAAAACAUGGACAUAACGUCAAGUAUUGUUACUUUCAAUGUCGAGCAGUCGAUGCUAAAGGGAAUGUGGUUCUAAGCGGAGUGCGAUCUGGAAAGAACUGCUACAUAUGGAAGCCAUCACACUUGUGUUACACGGCAAAAGAGUCUAAGCUGGAUCUUUGGCACAAGAAGCUUGGACAAAUGAACACAAAUGGUUUGACACGGCUAGUGAAUGCUGAGGUUGUCAGGGGAGUCCCAGAACUUGAGAAACAAACAGACACCGUAUGCGGAGGGUGCUGUCAAGGGAAACAAGUUAAGGUUCAGCACAAGCAGAUUUCUGAAAUCAGAUCCAAGGGAAUACUGGAGCUAGUGCAUAUGGAUCUUAUGGGACCUAUCACGCCAGAUAGUGUUGCUGGUAAAAGAUAUAUCUUUGUCCUUGUAGAUGAUUUCUCUCGAUACACUUGGGUAGACUUUCUGAGGAAUAAAUCAGAUGCAUUGGAGAGUUUUCGCAUUCUGGCCCUACAACUUAAGCAGGAGAAAGGCGGCAUUGUGCAGAUCAAGAGUGAUCAUGGAGGGGGGUUUCAAAAUGAAGAAUUUGAUAAGUUCUGUCACAGUCAAGGAAUCCAACAUAAGUAUGCAGCCCCUAGAACUCCUCAACAGAAUGGAGUAGUGGAAAGGAAGAACAGAACUCUGCAGGAAAUGGCGAGAGCAAUGCUUUGUGGAAACAGUGUUCCAUCUGGUUUUUGGGCAGAGGCUAUAGCUACUGCAUGUUACGUUAUCAAUCGCGUGUAUGUCAAGCCAAACACAAAAACUACCCCAUAUGAAGUGUUCAAAGGAAAGGCUCCAAACCUCAAUCAUAUGCAUGUCUUUGGUUGUCUAUGCUACAUCUUGAAUGAUAAAGAUCAUCUUGGAAAGUUCGAUGCGAAAAGUAAUGUUGGGAUGUUUCUAGGAUUUUCAACGAAUAGCUCAGCGUACAGAGUAUUUAAUCAACGCACUAAGUUCAUUGGAGAUAACGUAAACGUUGUGUUCGAUGACAGUAUUGGUUUCUAUCAAGCUCGAGUCACUCAGAACAUUGAAUGUGUCACACAGCCGGCUUCAGCAUCCUCAGAAGUAAAAAUUAAAAACGAGUCAGAAGAAGAGGAUGAUCAGACCGGGGAACAGCGUGUUGACCUGGAUUGA